CAAGGCGUCUAAGUAUCUCGAUUGCGGUUAGUUAAACGCGCCACCUCAAAGUGCACAGUUCUCGGAAUGGCGAAGCUAGAGAUUUCCACCAAGACGGGAAAGUUAGAGAAGCCUGCCGAACAGUGGGGCAAUGGCCUGGAGUUUCUCUUCUCCUGCAUCUCGUUAUCCGUGGGUUUGGGUAAUAUCUGGCGUUUUCCGUAUAUUGCCUUCCAGAAUGGCGGCGGCACCUUUGUGAUUCCGUAUCUGAUUGCCCUGCUGGUAAUUGGACGUCCUGUCUACUAUUUGGAGAUUUCCCUUGGCCAGUUCACUGGUCGUGGCGUAGUCAAGGCUUUCGAUAUGGCUCCCCUGCUAAAGGGCGUGGCAAUGGGCCAGGUUUUGGCCACAGCCGCCUCCAUAACGUAUUACUCCAGCAUUAUGGCCUUGACUCUGAGAUUCCUGUUGGCCUCUUUCUCAUAUGAGUUGCCAUGGAGUUGCUGUUGGCCAAAAUGGGGCAGUGAUUGCUAUAAUGGGAGUGACCAAAAUAGAAGUGGGAAAAUGUCACCAGCACAGCUUUACUUUGAACGGGAGGUCCUUCAUGAAGUACCCAAUAUAGACAAUGGCCUGGGUCUGCCCAAUUGGGAGUUGGUUGCCUGUUUGGCUGUGUCUUGGCUAAUCAUCGGUGCAGUCCUGAUUCGCGGCAUUAAGAGUAGUGGCAAGGCAGCUUACUUCCUGGGGGUUUUUCCCUAUGUGGUGCUGCUUAUCUUACUGUUAAGAGCCGUGACCCUACCAGGAGCUAUUGACGGGAUUAUUUACUUCUUUAAGCCUCAAUGGAGGGAGCUACUGAACCCACUCGUGUGGUAUGCAGCCGUCACGCAGGUCUUCUUCUCGCUUGCCAUUUGCUUUGGCACGCUGAUUACCUAUGCCAGCUAUAAUAACUUUAAUCGGAAUGUCUACAAUGACAUUGUAAUAAUUACCACCAUGGAUUCCUGUUCCUCCAUAAUUGCUGGUUGCAUUACCUUUGGGAUUCUGGGCAAUCUGGCCCGCGAGACCGGCAACUCGGAUAUUGGCAGCGUUGUGAAGGGCGGUGCCGGAUUGGCCUUCAUCUCGUAUCCGGAUGCCAUUGCCAAGUUCGAGUAUGUGCCACAGAUGUUCGCGGUCCUUUUCUUCCUCAUGCUCUUUGUCCUAGGCAUUGGCAGCACCGUGGGCAUGGGUUCCUGCAUCCUGCGCGUCAUCCGGGAUCAAUUCGGGCAACGCUCGCCGCCCAUUUGGAAACUGGCCAGUGGUCUGGCCAUACUGGGUUUUUCUGUGAGCAUCGUUUACAUGACCCCAGGUGGUCAGUUUAUCUUGAAUUUAGUGGAUUUCUAUGGUGUGUCCUUCACCGCCUUGAUCCUGGCCAUUGGCGAAUUGGUGGCAGUUGCUUGGAUUUAUGGAGUUAAUCGCUUUUGCGAGGACAUCAAAUUCAUGAUGGCCAUCGAGACCGGUUGGUAUUGGCGCCUGUGCUGGCGUUUUAUCACUCCUGGCUUGAUGACCGCCGUGCUCAUCUACAUGCUGCUCGACAUGUCCGCUCUGAAGUACAAAGGUGUUGGCUAUCCCACCAUGGCUCACGUUUUUGGCUGCUUUUUGGCUACCUUGGGGCUGAUUCAACUGCCCGGCUGGGCCUUCUAUGCCGUCUAUAAAAAGCGUCGCCAACCCGGCAGCUUCUGGCAGAGAGUACGUGCCGCCUGUAAGCCGUCGGACUCUUGGGGACCGGCCAACAUUCAGCUAGAUGCCAGUAUCUAGAAAAUUAGCUUAGUCCCCAACAACGCUGCGUAUACGUAAUGGCCUCAGUAGUCUAGGGCAUUAUUAUUUGAUAUGGUCUAGAUGAAAAUGGCUAAAAUAAAGUGAAAUAUAUUAAGGUAGUGAGGCCAAGAGAACAAAAAAACAAAAGCUGGUUUAUUCUGGCGGAACAGUUUAACUGCCCGAAGGAGUUGAGCCAGCGAAAAGGAGGAAGUUGGAGCUGCUGGAAGCACUUUUAAUUACCCCAGGGCAGAGAUCCAGUUGGGCGUGGCAGUUGCACUCCUUCGUUGUGUUUGUGUUAGUCCGCUUGGCAUGUCAGACAUGUCAGCAAUGCGGAAAUGCGCAAAUACUAAAUGAAAACAAGCAGCGAUGGUUACUUUCGGAGACCAAGUCGUGGGAUACUCUUUCAAAUGGGAAUAUUUUCGUACUAAAGUUUCAUAAAUAUAUGUCAUAAGAGGAAUACAUUACUAAUAAAAAUAUUAAGUUUAAUAUUAACCCUAUCAUUUAUUCUAUGAAAAACCUUGAUAGUUUCUAGAAAGGUUUCCAAAAAUAUUCUUUAAUAAAUGUCAAAGGAGAGCU